ACACAGGGUGGGGGGUGGAGACAGAGAGAGACACAGAGACAGGGAGACAGAGACACAGACAGGGAGACACAGGGACACAGGGUACUGGGAUGUGGCCUCACAACACAUCGUGAGACACAGACCGAGACAUCGGGGCGAGUCGGGCUGAAGGCGGCGGCAGUGGUAGAACAAUAACCAGGCGGAGGAGGCGGGGGGGGGAGAUCGCUCGACACAUUCACCACCACCACCACCACUACAGCGACGACGUCGUCGAGAAGAUAACAACCAGAAUAAUCAUCAGAACAACACCGAGAGGAGAGGAGGACGAGGAGGAGGACGAGGAGGGGCCAUGAGUGGACGGCCCCGCACCUCGUCUUUUGCCGAAGGCCCGAAUCGGGCAGCGCAGCCAUCGCUCUUCGGGAACCUCAAAGUCAGCCGGGAUAAAGACGGCGGCAAGGUGACGACCGUCGUGGCGACCCCGGGCCAGGGGCCCGAGCGGCCCCAGGAGGUCUCCUACACCGACACGAAGGUGAUCGGCAAUGGCUCGUUCGGGGUGGUGUACCAGGCCAAGCUGUGCGAUAGCGGCGAGAUGGUGGCCAUCAAGAAGGUGCUGCAGGACAAAAGGUUCAAGAAUCGUGAGCUUCAGAUCAUGAGGAAGUUGGAACACUGCAACAUUGUGCGUCUGCGAUUUUUCUACUACUCGAGUGGGGAAAAGAAGGAUGAGGUCUACCUAAACUUGGUGCUGGACUUUGUUCCCGAAACUGUUUACCGAGUCUCUCGUCACUACAGCAAGGCCAAGCAGACCAUUCCCAUCAUCUACGUCAAGUUGUACAUGUAUCAACUCUUCCGGAGUCUGGCUUACAUCCACUCGCACGGGAUCUGCCACCGCGACAUCAAACCCCAGAACCUCCUGCUCGACCCGGAGACGGCCGUGCUGAAGCUCUGCGACUUUGGCAGUGCCAAGCAGCUGAUCCGCGGGGAGCCCAACGUGUCGUACAUCUGCUCGCGUUACUACCGCGCGCCCGAGCUCAUCUUCGGCGCCACCGACUACACGUCCAGCAUCGACGUGUGGUCGGCAGGCUGCGUCCUCGCCGAGCUGCUGCUGGGACAGCCCAUCUUCCCCGGGGACAGCGGAGUCGACCAGCUCGUGGAGAUCAUCAAGGUGCUGGGGACGCCCACAAGAGAACAGAUCCGCGAGAUGAACCCCAACUACACAGAGUUCAAGUUCCCCCAAAUCAAAGCUCACCCAUGGACCAAGGUGUUCCGAGCGCGCACGCCGCAGGACGCGGUGGCGCUGUGCAGCCGCCUGCUGGAGUACACGCCCUCGUCGCGCCUCUCGCCGCUCGAGGCGUGCGCCCACGCCUUCUUCGACGAGCUGCGCGACCCCACCAUGCGCCUGCCCAGCUCCCGCGAGCUCCCGGCGCUCUUCAACUUCACCCCGCAUGAGCUGUCCAUCAACCCGGCUCUCAACGCGACGCUGAUCCCUCCCCACGCCCGCUGCCAGGCCGUCCCCACAGCUGCCGCUUCCGAAAGCAGUGCAGUCGGAGCCAGCAGCCAAGCGAGUACUGGAGGCGCAGCAGCCUCUCUCCCCAAUGCUUCCUGAGCACACACGCACACACACGCACACACACGCACACACACGCGCACACACGCAGCGCACGUGUACGCACAAAGACACGCACACACGCAGCACACGUGUACGCACUCAAACCCAGCCCUUAACCAAUCCCUCCGUAUUGCUCGGUCCGUUCAAUGUCGUAGCGUGAAGGGGUGGUGGGGGUGGGGUUGUGUGGGAGUCGACGAUUAGCCGGGCGGUGGGUGGAGGUGGAGCCCGGGGGGUGGUGGUGAGGAGUGCGGGGGGGGGGGGCGGGUGCACGGCGCGAGGUGGGAGGUGUCGGCUUUGCGAUAUGCCGCCGCCGGCGUUUGCGAGCGCCUCUUAUUGUCCAUCGCCGCCCUCCGCUCGCACACCGCUCCUCCUUCCCAUGCUCACGCUCGCACACACGCGCACACACCUGGAAUGCCCCGCUCCCUCCCCCUGUGAGAGUGCGUGCGAGCGAGCCGGCGGUGCGGUCGUCAUUUAAAGGCAGCGGUGUGGGUGGGUGGGGGGGGGGGGGGGGCGUUGUCACGCGUAGUCGGUCGGAGUGAGACGAGCGCUUUGCUUACCACCACUUGUUAACCCAACAGCGGUGAGCAAAGUUUUAUUGGCGGCGGCGUUGUCCUUGUCUAUGAUAUUAAUUAUCGUUGCCGUUAUUAAUUAUAUUUUACCGUUAUUAUU